AUGGUUCAGCAGCUCCCAAACUAUACCGAUUUUGACACACUUUUACAAGCAUUCGAAGUGCAUGCGGCUCGCUUCAAGGACAACACGCUACUUCAUUACCAGCUUCCAAACUCACUCGAACUAAAGGAGUUGACUUAUGGCCAAAUCGACAAGAUCUCUACUCACCUUGCAAAUGCAUGGAAACCCACCGUGCCUGCCGACGUGGAAUGCGUCGCUUUAAUGAGUGAAGACCCGGCACAAGCUGUACUUGCAUUUUUUGCCGUAUUGAAGCUUGGACUCAUCUAUUUUCCACUAUCGAUCCACAACACUGAAAAGGCCAAUGUCCAUCUUCUCAAGGAAACUAACACAACAUACAUGAUUGCCUCGGAAACGUAUCGCAAAAGCGCUAUGGGAUGUGCUGCCACUUUACGUGAUUCAAAUUUCCGCGCUAAAAUAUGGGAAGAUUUUGACAUCGAUCAGCUUAUCGCGACAGCAGAAGCAUCGGUCAGUACAUCACCGGAGGAAGAUAGGCAGCAAAGCGAAGGCAGGAAAACUCCAGACCCAAAUGCAAUUGUUACGUGGCUUCACAGUUCUGGGACAACCGCCGCGCUACCAAAGCUGAUCCCUUACAAUACGCGAUCGUACUUGUUUGCACUCCUGGAGAUAGUCUUGAAGCCAGCUCAGGAAAUGUGUCCAAACUUGGCGAUGGAGCCGACUGACGUUAUUUUGGUAACAGAAAAGUUGUUUCACGCACCUGCGAUUUUGAUGCUUAUAAUGAGCGUGUUGACUGGUGCAAGUAUCCUAUUGCUAAAUAGUGAGAAACCCAUGCCUCCAGAUAUCCUCGCUGCUGCCGAUAUUUGUGGAGCAACUGUCUUGCAGUCACCACCAAUUUUCUUGGAGAAACUGGCCGAGUAUCUGGAACACCAUGUGACUGAUGACCGCUAUGCAGAGACUCUACAGCGUUUCAAGUUUAGUUUGAUUGGUGGGUCGCCGUUGCGAACAGCAGUUGGUGAUUGUUUGCACUCAAAAGGUUUAAAUGUGCAGAACGCGUACGGAAUGACAGAAACUGGCUACCUUAGUCUUUCUAACAUUUCAAAGGAUAACAAACGAUGGAACAGUAUCGAGCCUAGCAAUGCAUUGUUACGUUACGUAACUUUUGAGCCAUAUGAAAAAGACCUGUAUCAACUUAUUAUUCACAGCAGCUAUCCUGCCUUCCGUGGCACUGGUAACCGGCCCAACGGUGACCUGGCAACCAGGGACUUGUUUGUGAAAGACUCCACGAGACCGGGGAAUUGGACAUUUGUUGGCAGAACGGAUGAUAUCUUGCUCAUGAGCAUUGGCGAGAAGUUGAAUCCAGUACCUAUGGAAGAGGAGGUUUGCAACGAGGAUAUAGUACGUAGCUGUAUCAUUGUUGGCGAAGACCGACCGUGGACUAGUGCGUUGGUAGAAUUGAUCAUGGAUAAAGCUCUUCAACGUUCUCCGGUGGAAAUGACAUCAAAAGUAUACGAAGCAGUGAACCGAGCGAACAGGCAUGCGCCAUCCCACGGUCUAGUUACGGUCCCUGACAUGGUGUAUAUCCUUCCGCUCAAUAAACAGCUCCCAACUACCCCGAAAGGAUCAGUCAUACGACCAAAGGCAAUCGAAACUUUUAAUCGAGAGUUGGAUGAAAUGUAUGAUACUUAUCAUCAAAAGGUCAUUGGAGAUAUUUCAGUCGGAAACGGUAUUCAACAAGUAAAGAAGGAGUAG